AUGAUCCAUGGCCCAUGUGGCCUCCUUAAUAAUACAUCUCCGUGCAUGAAAGAGGGUGAGUGUACUAAGCAUUUUCCUAAGCAGUUUAAUGACAGAACUGUUAUAAAUGUAGACGGUUAUCCCAUGUACCAUCGGCCUGAUAAUGGAAGAACGGUAAGAAUACGAAACUUAGAUGUUGAUAAUAGGUGGGUUGUGCCUUAUAACCCUUUCCUAUGUAAAAAAUAUAUGGCACAUAUAAACUUGGAAGCGUGUGUGUCAAUUAAAAGUGUUAAGUAUUUGUAUAAAUAUAUUUAUAAAGGUUAUGAUACUGCACACAUAGAAAUCAAUGAGCGCAUCGAUCAUGAUGAAGUAACAACAUUCUUAGAUGCUAGAUAUGUAUCUGCACCUGAAGCAACUUGGCGUCUCUGUGAAUUUCCUAUGCAUACUCAGAGUCAUUCCAUCAUAAGACUUCCUGUUCACCUUCCAAAUCACCAGCAAGUGUUUUUUAGGGAAGGCAACAAGGCUGUGGCUGCUGACAGGGCUGAAAACUCUAAGACCAUGUUAACAGCCUGGUUUCAAUUAAAUCAGCAGGACCAGCAUGCGCAACGAUUUUUGUACACUGAAAUACCUUACCACCUUGUUUUUCGGAAUACACAACAGCAAAAACGGUGGGUAGUUAGGCAAUGCGGUGCUGAAAAGAUAGUAAGUAGAAUGUAUAUAAUGCCAGCAUCCGCGAAGGUGAAAGGGAUGCAUGCUUAG